UCCAACCCAAGACAUCCUCCUGCCACUGCUGUGCUGGGGAUGACAACAUAAAACCAGACAUAUCUGGUGUGCUUUUUUAUAUGACCCCAUCCAGCUUUUGGUCUUAUCCUGAGACUUAAAAAGAGGCACAGAUCCAACGUAAGCAAUAGGAAAUUAAAGAUAAAUAAUGUUACAAGAACUGGAGGGAGGGAGAAGCAAGCAAGGAGCAUGGGAUGGUUUGCCAGAGCAGUUUAUUUUUCAGCUCCAUGAUUCAGCACUUCAGCUGAUUUGCUGUUAAUUCUUAGAGCAAGGCUCUUGUGGGAUGGCAGCGGGCAGAGAUUCCUUGGAAGCUGGUCAGGAUGCUAAGUGUUUCCUUUUCCAGCUCUCCCACUUUCUCUGCGGGCAGAUAGCUACUGCACUGCUCUGCAGGUAGGGAAACGGAGGAAUUUCCUUUCCUUUGGCAAGGAAAACAACUUGCCAGGGCCCGCUCUGGCUGUGGGCGGCCCAGGAAGCUCCAAGGCCCCGGGGUGCCCCGAGGAACCGAUGGCGGGAGGCAGGCCGCCGAGCGCUCCCCGGCCGUGCCGCCGGCGGGGUGGCAGGGCCGGGCCUGCCAGAAGCCCCCCAGGUCGGAAGAGCCCAGACGGCAGUGCCGCCUUCCGGACGGGCCAGCAGGGCACCGGGCCGGCGGCGGUGACACAGGCCGCGGGGGGUCCCUCAGCCCCGGGCCCUGCCUGGCCCUCGCUGCCGCUGCCCCUACACCAAGCAGGGGCCCGCGGUCCCUGUCCUGCUUCCUCCCGGCCCAGGGCCUGCCGUUCCCCCGGGGCAGCCGCCUGCCUGGGCCCCGUGCCCCUUCCCCCGGCCAGGCCGCGUUCCCAGCUCCCCCGGCCCCGUCCCGCCCGCCGCCCACUUCCGGCCCGGAAGUCCGUGUCCAAGAUGGCCCCGCGGAACCCGGAAGCGCGGAGAGGCGGUGGCUGCCGGGCGGGAGCCUGACCCCCCCGGGACGCAGGACAUGGUGCAGGGUGAAGAGCACAGAUAAAGAACCUUCCACCACUCCGCAGCCUGUUCCACCUGCCCGGAGGACUUGAUGCGGCAGGACGCAGGCUGAUGCCCUCAGCACACCCUGCCAUGGAUGGGGGGCAGAACUAUCCACAGCACGAGCACCAGCAGUCGGGCAAUACGCUGUACAGCAUCCCUGGCCUCCGCUCCCAGCUCACCUUGCCAGCCGUGGAGAAUUCCAUGCUGGUUGCCGACUCAUGGAGUAGCUGCUACCCUGCCUCUUUCCCAACCUCAUCCUUCCCAAGUGAAAACCAGCAAUAUUUUAAUUCCCCUCGCGAUUUUUAUAUGAAUUCCAUCAGCAGACCACAUUUCUUGGAUACAAACUAUGCAUCUGUGGACCCCACUGACUUCUUACCAAAAAAUGGUGAUUUUCCUCAGGAUUCUUCAUACCUCGUUGAGCUCUCCAACAACUCCCUCUUCUCAUCGCCUGCGGAUUCCCUCUCUGACAUUGCGGAUCCUAAGGACUUCUUGCCUGCCGAUGGUCUGAACCACGUGCCAACACUAUGGGAUAUAAACACACCACAGCAGAACCAAAUAGAGCUCUUCUCACCCAGCAGAUCGUUCACUGGCUUGAACAGUUCGAGUGACCACGUUCCUGCUGUCCCCAGCACCCCGCUCCUCAUAAGCUACCAGUCUCAGGCUCCUGCAGAGGAGGAGGAUGAAGGUGAGGAGGAGGAAACAGAAGAGCUGGGGCAAACAGAGACCUAUGCAGAAUAUAUACCUUCGAAGUCCAAGAUUGGGAAGCACCACCCUGACCUUGUGGUUGAAACAAGCACUCUGUCCAGCGUCCCCCCGCCCGACAUCACCUACAGCCUUUCCCUGCCACGCUCUGUUGCCGACAAAGGGUCACUCUCUGCACUACAGCUGGAAGCAAUCAUUUAUGCCUGCCAGCAACAUGAAGUUUUAUUACCCAACGGGCAGCGAGCUGGGUUCCUGAUUGGGGACGGUGCUGGAGUUGGAAAGGGCAGGACAGUUGCGGGCAUCAUUUUUGAAAAUUAUCUUAAAGGGAGGAAAAAAGCUCUGUGGUUCAGCGUCUCCAACGAUCUCAAGUAUGAUGCUGAGAGAGACCUGAAAGACAUUGAAGCCUCCCACAUUCCUGUGCAUGCUUUGAAUAAGAUUAAAUAUGGUGACACAGCUACCUCAGAAGGAGUCCUCUUUGCCACUUAUUCUGCGCUGAUUGGUGAAAGCCAGGCUGGUGGACAGCACAGGACGCGCUUAAAACAGAUUUUGGACUGGUGCAGGGAAAACUUUGAUGGAGUUAUUGUGUUUGACGAAUGCCACAAAGCCAAAAAUGCCAGCUCUACUAAAAUGGGCAAAGCUGUGCUGGACCUUCAGAACAAACUGCCUCGAGCGAGGGUUGUUUAUGCCAGUGCCACAGGUGCCUCUGAGCCAAAAAACAUGAUUUACAUGAGCCGCCUGGGGAUCUGGGGGGAGGGCACCCCUUUCAGAGCAUUUGAUGAGUUCCUGCAUGCAAUUGAAAAGAGGGGAGUUGGUGCAAUGGAGAUCGUGGCAAUGGAUAUGAAGGUCAGUGGAAUGUACAUUGCCAGGCAGCUCAGUUUCACUGGAGUGACCUUCAGAAUCGAGGAGAUCCCCCUGGAUCAGCAGUACAAGAUUGUCUACGACAAGGCAGCGAAGUUGUGGGCAGAGGCCUUGGUGGUGUUCCAGCAGGCAGCCGACUGGAUCGGUUUGGAAUCUCGGAAAUCCUUGUGGGGUCAGUUCUGGUCAGCUCAUCAGCGCUUCUUCAAGUAUCUCUGCAUUGCUGCUAAAGUCCGGCGACUCGUUGAGCUUGCCAAGGAAGAGCUGGCAAAGGAUAAGUGUAUUGUCAUCGGCCUGCAGUCCACCGGGGAAGCUCGCACCAGAGAAGUACUGGAUGAAAAUGAUGGGCAUCUAAAUUGUUUUGUCUCUGCUGCAGAAGGCGUCUUUCUAUCACUAAUUCAGAAGCACUUUCCUUCAACCAAAAGAAAGAGAGAAAAAGGAACUGGCAUUAAAAGAAAACGGAAGCAGAGGGGCCGCUGUGCCAAGGCUCUGAAGGGCAUGUGUGACCCUGUGGGUGUCAUCAAGAUCAGCGAUGACAGCAGCACCGACUCCGACAUGGGGCUCGACAGUGACUUCAACUCCUCCCCGGAGUCUGUGUUUGAGACAGAUGACGUGAUCUUUGUUGAGCACACCUUCAACGGCUUCGCGGCUGAGGACAGAAGUAAUUUUCACAUGCUGCCUUCCCAGAAAGAGAUGCAUGGCUUGAGAGAAGUAGAACAGGUGGAGAAGAUGAAGAAGGACCUCCUAGCAAAAGUAAAAGCACUGGGCAAAGAGCUACCUCUCAAUACCUUGGAUGAACUGAUCAAUCACUUUGGGGGCCCAGAGCAUGUGGCUGAGAUGACGGGGCGGAAGGGCCGGGUGGUUUGCAGACCAGACGGCUCCGUCAUGUUCGAGUCUCGUGCGGAGCAAGGCCUCUCUAUAGACCACGUCAACCUGAAGGAGAAGGAGCGUUUCAUGAAAGGGGAAAAGCUUGUAGCAAUAAUCUCCGAGGCCUCCAGCUCAGGGAUCUCUCUCCAAGCAGACAGACGGGUGAAAAACCAGAAGCGCCGGGUCCACAUGACGCUGGAGUUGCCCUGGAGUGCAGACCGGGCCAUACAGCAGUUUGGCCGGACGCACCGAUCGAACCAGGUUUCUGCUCCAGAGUACGUCUUCCUUAUCUCUGAGCUGGCAGGGGAGAGGAGGUUUGCAUCCAUCGUGGCAAAACGUCUGGAGAGCCUAGGUGCCUUAACUCACGGAGACCGACGGGCCACCGAAUCCCGAGACCUCAGCAAGUACAACUUUGAGAAUAAGUAUGGUGCUAAAGCACUCGACAGGGUUCUGUCCACGAUCCUCAACCACAUGGAGAACAGGGUUCCUGUGCCCAAGAGCUAUGACCGAGGGGAGGCUGCAUUUUUCCAUGAAAUGAAGCAAGGUCUCAUCUCCGUGGGGAUCUGCUGCAAUCAGAUGAAGUAUGGCACUGUCUCGGUGGAGAAGGACUGUUCCAUCACCAAGUUCCUGAACCGCAUCCUGGGUCUGGAGGUGGACAAGCAGAACAUGCUCUUCCAGUAUUUUUCUGACACCUUUGACUAUCUGAUUGAAAAGGACAAGAAGGAGGGCAAAUACGACAUGGGCAUUCUAGAUUUAGCCCCAGGAGUGGAUGAGAUCUACGAGGAGAGCAAGGAGGUCUUCCUGACCCCUGGACACCCGCAGGAUGGGCAGGUCGUGUUUUAUAAGAUCAGUGUUGACAGAGGCUUAAAGUGGGAGGAAGCUUAUGAGAAGUCACUCAAACUCACAGGAUCCUUCGAUGGGUUCUACCUCUCCUACAAGAUGCGAGGCUACAAACACACCUGUCUGCUGGCUGAGCAGAGCCGUGGCAAGAACUUCAUCCUCUACAAGCCAAAUAUUGGGAAGCAAAGCCAGCCUGAGAGCCUGGACAGUCUGCAGAAGAAGUACCGGCGGGUGCUGCCUGAGGAAGCCAAGGAGCACUGGGAGAGCAGUUACCGCUUCUCCUUGAAGAACUGUAACCAUGCUGCCUGGAACAGGAGCUGUAAGCUGAUCCAGGAGGGGAAGGAGUGCUUCCAGGGCAUGCGCCUGCGUCACUACUACAUGUUGUGUGGGGCCCUGCUGCGGGUCUGGAGCAAGAUCGCCAGCAUCAUGGCAGACAUCACCAACACCAGCUACCUGCAGAUCGUCCGCCUCAAGACCAAGGAGAAGAAGAAACAAGUUGGGAUAAAGAUCCCCGAGAGCUGUGUCCAGAAGGUGCUGGAGGAGCUGAAGCAGAUGGACGAGAACGUGAAGCGAAAGCACAGCCGACUCCUCCAGGCCCAAGAGCAGAGCUCGCAGUUCUCCCUGCCGCUGCACAUCCUGCCACAGCCCCUGGACCUCACUCAGAUGGGGGCCGGGGUCCCCCUGCCCAGGCACCCCCUGUGCCAGGAUGAGAUCCUGGACUUGACCUACAGCCCUCCCAACAACAGCAUUCCCGACGUGGCGAUGAACCCAGAGCACGGUGCGUUGUGCUUCCCCUCGGAGCCCGUUCUCCAACCACACCAGCAGCACAGAUUACCCUUUGGCUUCAGUCACCCUUCUGCCUUCCAGAGCCCGGCCCCUGUCCUGGAGGGAAACGUGCCUCUGAGCUCCUCGCUGCAUGAACACCUGCCUCUGUCUCACCCAGGACCCCUGCAGGCGCUGCAGCAACAGCAGCAGCAGCAGCAGGAAGAUUUUGCCCAAGAGGAUGGGAAUAUCAACUUUAGAGAGAUCCUGGAGGACAUGCUAAGGACGUUAAAUGGGCCCCCCCAGGAGCGCCAGAGUGUGAUCCAGUUCAGUGGGCCUUUCCCAGACUUCUGAAAGUCAGCUGGGCACACCGGGUGAUGCUUGCCCACUGUGGAUCCAUAUCCUUUGGUGCAGAGGUGAGAGCUGGGGAGCCCCGGCUUUUCUACUGGUUUGGACUGAUCCUUUUCUGUUUUUGAGGGAAGAAAAAAAAAACAAAACCCAACAACCUAUAGUUCCUUAAAGCAAAGUUUAUUUAUAUAUAAUAUACAGUCAGGCACGUAUAGAUUUGUAUAUAACAUGCGCUUGGGGGGAGUUGAGUGCUGCCAAGUUCAGCUGCUCUGGACCGAUGGUCUCUGCUGUGGUGGAGUCCUGCUCAAAGGUCAGUGCCCGUGUAGGGCUGAGGAGAGACGCCCCCUCCUCUGUGCCCAUCCCCCUGCAGACUACUGAGUUUCCGAGCUGGGUCGUGCCUUCCCCAGCCCUCCAACCUCCAGCAGCUGCUGCCCCCCGAGCUGGGCAGGGGGCACGGCUGGUCUCUAGAGUGACCUGGUCUGUUACUGAAGGGUGACAGCCCGGUUCCCCCGAGAGCUGGCUGACCAAACCGUAUCCGCAUCGGCUGCUGCCAGCUUUCCCUUGGGAUGCCCCGGCCCUGCUGCGGACCUCGAGGCUGCUCUGGAGGGCUGGCUUUGAAGGAAGGGGUGAAGGGGGGUGCUGUCCCAGAGGAGCUGGGAGCCACGGAGCUGGUGUAUCCCUCUGUGCGGGGCUGAGCAAAGCAAAACUGGCUGUGCCUGCUCUGCCCUUCCUGGGGAGGACACUUCUGGGGCUGCCCAAGCUCUGCGGGAGAGGGCAGGAGCUGGCUGCACCCACCCCCCUGUUUGUCAGUGUGGUGACAGAGCUGGGGACUUUGUCAGAACUCAGCCACACGAGGACCUGGGGGGGGGUUCCCCGGAGCAGAAGGGCCGCGUGUCCCAUCAGCCUGUCCUGCACUUUAGCCUUGCCAGCUCGCCGUGGCCGGCCGUGCUUUGCCCAGCUUGUUGCUGUUGCAUGUUGUCCUUUCAGCUGGCCGCCUCGCUGGCCCUGCUCCAUCGGGCUUGUCCUUGGCUGGGCCACGGACACAGCCCUGGGUGGCUGGACCUGGGCGACCCAGCCCUGCCCACCACUGACCUUGGGGACAGCUGCUCCCAGGCCCCAGAAGGGACGAGUUCCCCAGUGAGCACUGGGGAUGGGCCGUGUCCCUGCUCAUGCUGCAAAUCCAACCUCCGAUACCAAAGAGCAAAGGUCCGCUUUGCAAAGCACUGCCCCAAACAACCCACCAGCCUUUGGCCGGGAGCGGCUGGGCGAGCUGCCUCCUCUCCAGGACAGAGGUGGCCUCCAGCCACCACUGCCACCAUCCCAAAUCCAGCAGCGUCUUCGUCCCGGGGAAACUUUUGUUUUCUCUCUUUUAAUCUAAGGAGUCUGGCAGGCAGCUGCCUGCUGGCAGGGAUGCUCCAGGCCUGGCAGCACCUCUGCCACCCUCCCCUCUGCUCUGUUCCUUUUCUCUGCCUUGAGUCAUCGAGGCAUUUUCUAGAAGUGGCACCAGGAUGUUCUCAGGGGAGCGAUGGGACGCCUUCCCCGGCUGGCCUGGCCGUCUCCAGGGAGGGCCUGGGGCAGGGGGUGCAGCGAGGACAGGCCUUUGCUGGAGUCCCCCGUGCCCUGGCAGGUCACUCUUGAGGGUGCUGGAGCUGUACAGUGUCUGGUGGGGUCCCCUCGCCUUGACCCCCGUCAUGCCCACCUGCCAGGGCUUGGGGACCAGCCAGGCACCCCCUUUGCUGUUGAGAAGUGCUUUGGGUCGGUGUCUGCAGCGUUUGUGCUUCUGCUGAGACGGGAACCGUCUUCCCUGUCACAUGGAGACCGUGGAGCUGCACGUCUGGGCUUGUGUUUGAGGUUGCUCUGGUCCCUGCUUUUCCUUUCGGGGGCUUGUCCUUACCCCCCACCCUCCCCAGCUGGCAUCUGCCUCCCACCAGCCCACCUGGCCAGGGGCAGCCCUGCAGCCAGGGCAGCUCGGGGGUGCGUUUCACUGCAUGCAAGGAAACCUCUUUACCUCAAAGUAAACACCAAAGAUGGGGCGCCCCUGCAUACCCCCGUGCUGCUGCCCGGAGAGGUUUCUGCUUUUCCUGCAGCUUUGCUUGCUUCUUGCCCAGGGAUCGCCGCUUGCUCGGGGUGCCGCAACAGCCUUUUUCCUGGUCCGGAACAGAGCAAGGCUCUCCCCUUCCCCAGACCCUCCUCUAUUUAAAAGCUGUCCCAGUCCACACCACUCGUGGCGAGGCCCUGGCUUCGCCCGCGUCCUGGUUCGUUUGCUCAGUGCUCGCUGAAUUGUCAGCGAGGAGAGAGAAAAAGAUGCCAGGAAAAACCCAUUUCAGAGAGGCUUAAACUCAGGAAUAGCCAGGAGGAUUUCUCCUGCUAGGCACGCUCCGCCAGCCACUUCGCCGCCGUCACCCGGAGCCCUGCCUGGUGGCUUUGACGUUAAUUUUAAAAUAUAUGCAAUUCUCCCUCCUUGAUCUCUGGAAAGACAGAGAGCACCUUCAAAGAAGCCCUUCCCUGCCCCGAUCCUGUGUUUUUGUCAGGGUUAAUAAUAUGUAACAAUAUCUUUUAACUAAAUUAUUAUGCAUUUGUCCUACUGAUUGUAUGUAUUUUUAAAUGAGUCCCUUUUUUUCUUCCCUUACACCUUUUUGUUAGCACUUUUUAAUCCGCUUGUUGUUUGCCUUUGUUUUUCUAUGUGUAUUUAUAAUUAAUUGAGAUGUAUAUAUGUAAAGAAAUUUUUUUAGAAUAUGUGCCUUUGACUAAUAAUUCUUGAAUUUUCUACUUGCCUCAGAAAGAUAAUUUUUCAUUCUGCUCAGUAAAAAUGGAAAGGAAGCCA